AGAAUAAGAGAUGUAGAACGCGGAAGUUACGUUCCUGAUAGUUUUCCUCUCGUUCCGUCAACAAUUGACGAUAAUUAAUCUUAGCUACUCUACAACUUUCAAAGGUGCUAGGAGCAUGCUAAUUAGCACAGGUGGUCCCUCUGUCUUCUGUAAACACGUGCAGUAACAUGGAGAUAUUGCUGUGUGGGAACCCUAAGCCUAAAAAGGUGUGUAUCAAAAACUACCCCGUACAGAAGAUACCUUCGUCCAAUGACUUAUGAGUAAUUGAAUGGAACUGAGGGUCAUGAUCAAGGGCUAGCCUGAGGCUACCUAGUAGAACCCAUGUAGUCUGAUUUCACCUCAGAGUAAAUAAUAGAUAUACGUUUGGGUAACAAUUGGCUAAAUGUCUCAUUGCGUAGUAAGUCAUUAAAGUUAACCUAACCUGUGAUGAGAAAAGUUGUAAUUUUAACAACUUGCUACAGAUAGCUAGCUAGUAAGCUACGACUUUAGAAAAUGUAUUUGGAAUGUAGCUUUAGCUAGCUAUGUGUAACUCACCCUUCACUGCCUCUUAUGACUAAACCACCUACCACAUGGGCCUACUAUGGCUGAACCCAAGCCCAUGGAUUCCCCGGGUUCUGGCUGUGGUGUUCCAUCACAGAGAAGCUCACAGCAGGGUCUAGAGAUGGUGUCAGUGAAGCUGGAGGACUGCAGUCAACCACUGGAAGUCAAUGUGAUUGUGAUAGGGGAAGAGAGAGAACUUAAAGUAGAACUUAAAGAAGAAGAAGAAAAGGUGGUGGAGGAGAAGAGUCAAAGAGGAGAAGAAAGAGAGAGGAGUGAAAGAGGAAGCUGAGAUACAAGUCAAAGAAGAAGAGGAGAACAGGGAAGUGUCUGCUCCAGAUCUAGAAGUAGAUAGUAUCACUGACCCAGGUAAGUUCAGGUGUGGAGAACAGAGAGAAGUUGGUGCCUUGGCGCCCACUGGGGAUUCCAAAAUGAUUAUUAUGCUUGAAUCAACAAGUAUUUUAAAGCCCCCUUUUAAUGCUCUUACUGUUCCUGAAAGUGUUGUCACGAUACCAGAAUUUUGACUUUGAUACCAGGUUUAGUAUCACGAUACUCAAUACCAAAACGAUACCACAGCAAUUUUGUUGCCGUUUCCAUAGUUACAGAAUGGCAAUUAAUCCAGACAGAAUGCUCUGUUCAAUCGUUGGGCAUUUGAGUCAAAUAUCAUUACAAUUUAAAUGUUUCACAUCUGAAUUUUUCAGAGACCUAUUAAUGCAUUAAUCAAUUAGACAAUCAAUUUGACUUUGUUUCUACCGAAUGAAUGACAUUGUAUUUUUGUGUGAAAUCGCUAAUUGGCAACCCAUCCCUUAUUGACACAUAAACAAACAUUACAAUAAUUCACUAUGGUAAUUAAAUUAUAAUUCUUCCGGCGUUCUCUGCAUUGCACCUCACAUAAAUAGUGAACAAAUAUUUUUUUAAACAAUACAUAACAGUAAAUAAGAUUAUCCCAAAAAUAAUUACAUCCCUAGAGCAGUAAAGUAAAAUAUAUAUAUAUAUACACAUACACAUACACACACACACAGUUGAAGUUGGAAGUUUACAUACACUUAGGUUGGAGUCAUUAACUUUUUUCAACCACUCCACAAAUUUCUUGUUAAACUAGUUUUGGCAAGUCAGUUGGGACAUCUGCUUUGUGCAUGACAAGUAAUUUUUCCAGCAAUUGUUAACAAACAGAUUAUUUCACUUAAUUCACUGUAUCACAAUUCCAGUGGGUCAGAAGUUUACAUACACUCAGUUGGCUGUGCCUUUAAACAGCUUGGAAAAUUCCAGAAAGUGAUGUCAUGGCUUUAGAAGCUUCUGUUAGGCUAAUUGACAUAAUUUGAGUCAAUUGGAGGUGCACCUGUGGAUUAGAGGUCGAUCGAUUAUGAUUUUAUCGCCGAUACCGAUUAUUGGAGAACAAAAAAGGGCCCAUACCGAUUAAAUCGGCCGAUUUUUAAUAUAUAUAUUUGUAAUAAUGACAAUUACAACAAUACUGAAUAAACACUUAUUUUAAAUAAUAUAAUACAUCAAAAUCUAUUUAGUCUCAUAAAUAAUGAAACCUGUUCAAUUUGGUUUAAAUCAUGCAAAAACAAAGUGUUGAAGAAAGUGCAAUAUGUGCCAUGUAAAAAAGCUAACGUUUAAGUUCCUUCCUGAGAACAUAUGAAAGCUGGUGGUUCCUUUUAACAUGAGUCUUCAAUAUUCCCAGGUAAGAAGUUUUAGGUUGUAGUUAUAGGACUAUUUCUCCCGAAUCCAUUUGUAUUUCAUAUACCUUUGACUAUUGGAUGUUCUUUUAGGCACUAUAGUAUUGCCAGCCUAAUCUUGGGAGUUGAUAGGCUUGAGGUCAUAAACAGCACAAUACUUGAAGCACAGCAAAGAGCUGCUGGCUAACGCAGGAAAGUGCUGUUUGAAUGAAUGCUUACGAGCCUGCUGCUGCCUACCACCGCUCAGUCAGACUGCUCUAUCAAAUAUCAAAUCAUAGACUUAAUUAUAAUAACACACAGAAAUACGAGCUUUAGGUCAUUAAUAUGGUCAAAUCCGGAAACUAUCAUUUUGAAAACAAAACAUUUGAUUCAUUCAGUGAAAUAGGGAACCAUUCUGUAUUUUAUCGAACGGGUGGCAUCCCUAAGUCUAAAUAUUGCUGUUACGUUGCGCAACCUUUAAUGUUAUGUCAUAAUUAUGUACAAUUCUGGCAAAUUAAUUACGGUCUUUGUAAGGAAGAAAUGGUCUUCACACAGUACGCAACGAGCCAGGCAGCCCAAACUGCUGCAUAUACCCAGACUCUGCUUGUACAGAGAAGUGACACAAUUUCCCUAGUUAAAAGAAAUUAAUGUUACCGGACAAUAUUAACUAAAUAUGCAGGUUUAAAAAUAUAUACUUGUGUAUUGAUUUUAAGGAAGGCAUUGAUGUUUAUGGUUAGGUCCACACUGGUGCAACGACAGUGCUUUUUUCGCAAAUGCGCUUGUUAAAUCAUCACCUGUUUGGCGAAGUAGGCUGUGAUUCGAUGAUAAAUUAAAAGGCACCGCAUCGAUUAUAUGCAAACGCAGGACAAGCUAGAUAAACUAGUAAUAUCAUCAAACAUGUGUAGUUAACUAGUGAUUGUUAAGAUUGUUUUUUUAUAAGAUAAGUUUAAUGCUAGCUAGCAACUUACUUUGGCUCCUUGCUGCACUCGCGUAAUAGGUUGUCAGUCUGCCACGCAGUCUCCGUGUGGAGUGCAAUGUAAUCAGCCAUAAUCGGUCUCUAAAAACGCUGAUUACUGUUUGUUAUGAAAACUUGAAAUCGGCCCUAAUUAAAUCGUCUAUUCCGAUUAAUCGGUCGACCUCUACUGUGGAUGUAUUUCAAGGCCUUCCUUCAAAGUCAGGGCCUCUUUGCUUGACAUCUUGGGGAAAUCAAAAGAAAUCGGCCACAAUGUCAGAAAAAAAAACUGUAGACCUCCACAAGUCUGGUUCAUCCUUGGGAGCAAUUUCCAAAUACCUGAAGGUACCGCGUUGAUCUGUACAAACAAGAGUACGCAAGUAUAAACACCAUGGGACCACGCAGCCGUCAUACUGCUCAGGAAGGAGAUAUGUUCUGUCUCCUAGAGAUGAACGUACUUUGGUGCAAAAAGUGCAAAUCAAUCCCUGAACAACAGCAGGACUACUGCAAUUACAAGCAGGACUACUUCAAUUACAAGCAGGACUACUUCAAUUACAAGCAGGACUACUUCAAUUACAAGCAGGACUACUUCAAUUACAAGCAGGACUACUUCAAUUACAAGCAGGACUACUUCAAUUACAAGCAGGACUACUUCAAUUACAAGCAGGACUACUUCAAUUACAAGCAGGACUACUCCAUCCAGAUGCAGGUGAGAUACUUGGGUCAUUAUAUUACCACAAUGAAAAUUAUUUUACAAUAUUGAACCUAUUUGGUCAGAAUUCACAUAUUAAACCUGUAUAUACAGUCGCUAGUGAAAGUCUACACACCUCUUGCCCAGUAUUCACAUUAAGCUGCCUUCAAAUUAAAAACAUUAAGGACACAUGCUCUUUCCAUGACAGACUGACCAGGUGAAAGCUAUGAUCCCUUGUUGAUGUCACCUGUUAAAUCCACUUCAAUCAGUAUAGGUGAAGGGGGGGAGACAGGUUAAAGAAUGAUUUUUAAGCCUUGAUACAAUUGAGACAUGGAUUGUGUAUGUGUGCCACGGGUAAGACAAUAUUUAAGUACUUUUGAACGGGGUAUGGUAGUAGGUGCCAGGCGCACCGGUUUGAGUCAAGAACUGCAACGAUGCUGGGUAUUUCCUGCUCAAGUUUCCCAUGUGUAUCAGGAAUGGUCCACCACCCAAAGGACAUCCAGCCAACUUGACAUAACUGGGCUUGUAUUUAUUAUGGAUCACCAUUAGUUCCUGCCAAAGCAGCAGCUACUCUUCCUGGGGUUUAUUAUGGAUCCCAUUUAGUUCCUGGCAAAGCAGCAGCUACUCUUCCUGGGCUCCAGCAAAAUAAGGCAGAUAUGAGAUAAAAACAUUGCAUUUCACAACACAUUAAGUGUGUGCCCUCGGGCCACUACUCUAUAAAUGACUUCAGGCUGCAUGUAUUUCUGACACACAGUUUUGGAUCAUGGCCAUGUUAGAAGGUCACUGGCAGGGGGUAAUACUGUUGACUACUUGUUUGUCUAAAGAUCUGUAAAUCUUGCUGAAAAACACAACAGCUCCCCAUUUGAUCCAACUGUUUCUUCUUGUAAAUGUAUUAGAUUAAUAUUACAUUUAUCCCUCCAUUGACUUCACACUGCAUGCUGAAAGGUGAACACCUCAUACCUUUACUGUGGACCACAGAGAGAUCUGAUACAGGCCAGCACAUUAUAUUGACCUUAUUAGUCAAACCACGAGGUCCUCACAUUGCUGACACGGUAAUAGAUUUACAGAAAGAGAUGUGACCUGGGAAAUAAGAUCUGAAUUAACCUAGCCAAGACUGGUGGUUUUGUGGAUCCAUGCCACAAGCAUCUGACCUCUCAUGUCCAGAUUUAGAUUUUUACUGGCUGUGACAUUUUAAUGGAUUGAUUCGUGUAAAAAGAAAUGCUGACAUAAGCCAAGCCGCUGGGGUGUCUCAGCCAAACGCCUGUCUGUGGUGAUAAGACUAAUUUGCGAGCACGGACUUGAGUCGUUUAAAGCACCCUUAAAAUGUAUUGGAUCAAGAGUUACUAUCCAAUACUCCCAAGGCCCUGCUAAAAUACGACAUAUGUACAAUAACAAUUUUAUAAGGACAGUUUACUCAAAUGCUUAAUGACAUCUGUCAGUUAAUAACAGUAUAUCAGAGGCCUGUAACUCCUGUUCUGGACAGCCCAUCCACAUGUGGUGCAGGCUUUAAUUCCAUCCCAGCACAAACACAGCAGGUUCAGCUAAAUCAACUUGUUGUGAAAGGUCGUGACACUGAUUAAACUGGCCUGGGUUACACUGGGCUGUGGUCCGUCACUUGACCCGAGUGAAGCCGGUGAGGGAUGCUCAUAUUGAAAAGCGAUCUGCGCUACUUGGUCAUAUUGUCAAUAAAGCAGCAUGAUACAUCGUUCAGAAACACAGAUAUUUUCCAUAAAGUACAUGUUUGAAUUUUCAAACUAGUUUGUAUUGGGAAGACAGCCUUUUUAUUAAAAAAAAAAUCACUUUUGCAUGUGUCAACACAUCCUACUCAUUACCCCACGUAAUUAACCUACGUGACCUUUGAUUUGAGCCGACUUCACCGUCGACCAGAGUGAUAUCUUGCAAGGCAGCUUCCAAAAUGAAUGAUUAACUUUUAAAAAAACAUCCAGCAAGUGAUUUUUGGGGGGCCUUUCAGUUGUAAAAGUAUCUACAUUAUUAUUUUUUAUUUUUUUUGGGGGGGGGAUCAAUUUUGGGUAAAGAAAAAACUAAUCACUAGAAAUUCAGCUAAAAAUGUGUUUAAUUUAGGAAUUUCAAAUUAUUACACGAAAAAAAAGAUGUGAUCAUGUCCCAAUGUAAUCAAGGUAUGAAAUGAUUGUGAUUAGUUGUGGUCAGUUUGCAGCUGAAUCUAUAUGGAUACCCCUGAAGGCCCUUCCCUUCACACCAGGGGUAUUGAUUAGUUGUAUUAUUUUGCUAAACAUUUAGUCAACCGGGAGGGGACCUACCUUAAAGGAAUACUUAGGGAUUUUGGAAAUUAAGACCUUUAUCUACUUCUCCAGAGUUAAAUGAUCUCGUGGAUACUUUUUAUGACUGCAUGCAGUUUGAAGGAAGUUGCUAACUAGCAUUAGCGCAAUGACUUGAAGUCUGUGGUGUAGCUGCGCUAAUGCUAGUUAGCAUUGGCUUACAAAACGACCUAACUUCCUACAUACUGGACACAGAGACAUAAAAAUGGUAUCCAUGAGUUAAUCUGACUGGGGAAGUAGAUAAAGAGCACCAUUGCCAAAAUCCCGAAGUAUCCCUUUUAAUUUGUCCAAUAGAAAUUCUUGUUAAUGCAAAUCGUUUUCCGUUUGGAGUCAACGGUUUCAGUUGCAAAAUGUAUUGCAACUGAAUUCGACUAAUGAAAACACCCAUGUUAUUUCUCCCUAUUCGAACCAGCAACCUACUGGCCCAAUGUUCUUAACCACUAGGCUACCUGCCAUCCCUGAGUUCCUUUCUAAUAUUAUAAAUGUGCAUUUGGAAAAUAUUCAGACCCCUUACCCUUUAUACACAUUUUGUUCCAUUACAGCCUUAUUCUAAAAUAGAUUUGUUUUAAGUCCUCACACACAAUAUCUUGUAAUGACAAGGCGAAAACAGUUUUUUUAGAAAUUAGCUCUGAGACAGGAUUGUGUCGAGGCACAGAUCCAAAAGAUGUCUGCAGCAUUGAAGGUCCCCAAGAACACAGUGGCCUCCAUCAUUCUUAAAUUGAAGAAGAUUGGAACCACCAAGACUCUUUAUAGAGCUGGCUGCCCGGCCAAACUGAGCAUUCGAGGGAGAAGGGCCUUGGUCAGGAAGGUGACCAAGAACCCGAUGGUCACUCUGACAGAGCUCCAGAGAUCCUCUGUGGAGAUGGGAGAACCUUCUAGAAGGACAACCAUCUCUGCAGCUCUCAGGGCUUUAUGGUAGAGUGGCCAGAUGGAAGCCACUCCUCAGUAAAAGGCACAUAAGUGUUGUAGGUUAUUGUUCUGAUGAAAGGUGAAUGUCUGUUGGAACAGACUGAACCAAGUUUUCGUCUAGGAUUCUGCCUGUGCUAUUCUAUUUAUUUUCAUUCUAAAAAAAACGUCCUAGUCCUUGCCAAUGACACGCAUACCCACAAUAUGAUGAAGCCACCACCAUGCUUGGAAAUAUGAGAAGUGGUACUUAGAGUGUUGUGUUGUUGGAUUUGCCCCAAACAUAACGCUUUGUAUUCAGGACAUAAAGUUAAUUUCUUUGUUACUUUUUUUUCCAGUUUUGCUUUAGUAUUUUAUUGCAAACAGGAUGCAUGUUUUUGAAUAUUUUUUUAUUUUGUACAGGCUUCCUUUUGAAUCUUUCAUUAUGUUAGUAUUGAGGAGUAAGUCAAAUGUUGAUCCAUCCUCAUUUCUCCAAUCACAGCCAUUAAACUCAACUGUUUUAAAGUCUACGGUGAAAUCGCUGAGUGGUUUCUUUUUUCUCCGGCAACUGAGUUAGGAAGGACGCCUGUAUCUUUGUAGUGACUGGGUGUAUUGCUACACCAUCCAAAGUGUAAUCAAUAACUUCCCCCUGCUCAAAGGGAUAUUCAAUGUCUUAUAUAUUUUUUACACAUCUACCAAUAGGUGCCCUUCUUUGCGAGGCACUGGAAAAUCUCCCUGGUAUUUGUGGUUGAAUCUGUGUUUGAAAUUCACUACUCGAAUGCGGAACCUUACAGAUAAUUGUAGGUGUGGGGGACAGAGAUGAGGUAGUCAUUACAAAAAAUCAUGUUAAACACCAUUAUUGCACACAGAGAGUCCAUGCAAAUUAUUAUGUGACUUAAGCACAUUUUUACUCCUUUACUUUUUUAGGCCGUAAAGGGGUUGAAUACUUGACUCAAAACAUUUCAGCUUUUAAUUUUUUUAUAUAUAAAAAAAAAUGUCCACUCUGACAUGAUGGGCUAUUGUGUGUAGGCCAGUGACACAAAAUCCCAAUUGAAUCCAGGCUGUAACAACAUAAUGUGGGGAAACAUCAAGGGGUCUGAAUACUUUCCGAAUGGACUGUAUUCAUAACCAGCAGUCUAUGGUCUAGCUAGCGGUAUACUCACCACCACUGGGGACCAACAAACUCCAACCACCUAUUCCUCAUGAUGGGGUCCUUUGGCUGGGCAUGAAUAGGUGGUUGGAGUUUGUUGGUUCCCAGUGGUAAUGCUUCCAGCAGAUGCACAGGGUAUGCUUUCCUCAUGAUAGGGUCCUUUGGCUGGGCAUGCAAAGUAUACCCUGUGCAUCUGCUGGAAGCAUUACAGGGUCAGUUCGUAUAGGGCUUUUCAGUCUCAAACGGCCAUAAUCCUUUGAACGCGUUGGGGGCAAUGAAACAACAGAGCCCCAUUCAAUGAAGGGACUCGAAGUGGGCAGAGGGGCGAUUUGCACUUGGAGAAUGGCAAAAGGAGGCAUGAUUUGUUGACAUAAUUGUAAUCCAAACCCAACCUUAAUUUACUUGUGACGCACUGAAGAUCAAAUUCCAUUUUAAAACGAGACUGAGGCGGCAGGGUAGCCUAGUGGUUAGUGUUGGACUAGUAACCGAAAGGUUGCAAGAGCUGACAAGGUAAAAAUCUGUCGUUCUGCCCCUGAACAAGGCAGUUAACCCACUGUUCCUAGGCCGUCAUUGAAAAUAAGAUUUUGUUCUUAACCUACUUGCCUAGUUAAAUAAAGGUAAAAUAAAAAAGACCAUAAUUACCCCUCCUGUCUCAGCCUCCAGUAUUUAUGCUGCAGUAGUUUGUGUCGGGGGGCUAGGCUCAGUUUGUUAUCUGGAGUACUUCUCCUGUCCUAUUCGGUGUCCUGUGUGAAUCUAAGUGUGCGUUCUCUAAUUCUCUCCUUCUCUCUUUCUUUCUCUCUCUCGGAGGACCUGAGCCCUAGGACCAUGCCCCAGGACUACCUGACAUGAUGACUCCUUGCUGUCCCCAGUCCACCUGGCCAUGCUGCUGCUCCAGUUUCAACUGACCUGAGCCCUAGGACCAUGCCCCAGGACUACCUGACAUGAUGACUCCUUGCUGUCCCCAGUCCACCUGGCCAUGCUGCUGCUCCAGUUUCAACUGUUCUGCCUUACUAUUAUUCGACCAUGCUGAUCAUUUAUGAACAUUUGAACAUCUUGGCCAUGUUCUGUUAUAAUCUCCACCCGGCACAGCCAGAAGAGGACUGGCCACCCCACAUAGCCUGGUUCCUCUCUAGGUUUCUUCCUAGGUUUUGGCCUUUCUAGGGAGUUUUUCCUAGCCACCGUGCUUCUACACCUGCAUUGUUUGGGGUUUUAGGCUGGGUUUCUGUACAGCACUUUGAGAUAUCAGCUGAUGUACGAAGGGCUAUAUAAAUACAUUUGAUUUGAAUUAUCCUAUUUACAAUUUGUAGUCAAUUGUGACACUAGACUAAAUGUUUCUGACUUAUAUCGACGCCACAGGCUGUUUUCAAAGGAUUUAUUUUUAUUUUUUAGGGGAAGUUGCUCUUUAAAGCCCAUCCAAUGCUCUGUUCCUGAUUCUAACCCCAUAUCUGUCCAUAUUCCCACAGAAGAGAUUUCCAACCCAGGUUCAGACAGUGAGCCCAGUUCCACAGCAUCAGGAAACCAUAAACAACACAGACAGAGGAACACAAGACAGAAACAUCACCACUGCAUGGACUGCUUCACUAGUUUCUAUGAGCCAGAGGAGUUGAGAAGACACACUUGUAGGCCCCAACCCUGCUCAGACUGUAGAGACAGUUUUAUUUGUCCAAUUGACCUUAAAUCACCCCAACAGACUCUCAAAAGAAAGAAAACUUACCCCUGUGGUCAAUGGGGGAAUAGCAAACUAAAGAGUAACUCAAAGGGAACGAGUUGAACUACUGCUCUUUUUGUGGGAAGAGUUGUCCCUCUUUUACAGACCUUAAAUAGAUACCAGCUGAGCCACACAGGAAAGAAGCCUUUCCACUGCUCAGUGUGGGAAGGGUUUCUGUUGGUCAUAAAAUAUGAAGACACACUGGUUAAAGUAUCACAGGCCUGACACUGGACUGUUGCUUUAGAAGAAAGUCUACUUCAAACCACAGAAGUAAAACAUGCAAACACAUGUUAUAAUGUAAAUAUAAUUUACCAAACGCAACUGUUAUGUAACAAUAGAGCAGGGGUUCUUGCGUUAACAUGAACACUACUUGUCAUCAGUACUCAGUAUAUACUUACCCUGCAUUAUCACUUCAACUCUGGGCAACAUGUAAUAAUUCCUUUAGUAUCCGGUAAAAACUCUGGAUGUCUAACAAAUUAUGGUAAUUCAGAUGUUAGUACCACUGCUGCAAACACAACAUCCACACACCAAUGCUAACGAUGCUAGUUAACUUUGCUAGCUUGCUCUGUGACUGGCCUGUCCUGCCCCUUUUUUUAAUAGAGUUUAACUAUUUAAUUCUCUAGCGUUUUGGUAGUGGCAGAAGGGAAGAAGUAUCAAUACUAUAUCAUUUUCAGCUGCCUUAUAUUUUUGAUUUAUUGCAAAGCCGUUGAGUUGCUGGCUCCAUACCUACAGUAUCUAACUGACGGCAGCACAAAUAUAACGCCACUUCCGUUUUUAGAAACGCGGGCGGAAGUUUACGUUCCUGCUUUUCGUCGCGUGUCCUUACUCAGCCAAGCAACUGACGACAGGGCUAUUUUUAAAGCAGUGAUGAAGAGGAGCAACAGUCCUGAACUAUUUUCCACCAAAUCCACCUACCUUCUAACCUGCCAUGGCUGAGCCCAAGUCCACAGAGUCCCCAGGUUCUGGCUGUGGUGUUCCAUCACAGAGAAGCUCACAGCAGGGUCCAGAGAUGGUGUCAGUGAAGCUGGAGGACUGCAGUCAACCACUGGAACUCAAUGUGAUUGUCAAAGAGGAAGAAGAGGAGACAGAAAUCCAAGAAGAGGUGGAGGAGAGAGCUGUCAAAGAAGAAGUGGAGGAUAGAGCUGUCAAAGAAGAAGAAGAGGUGGAGGAGAGAGCUGUCAAAGAAGAAGAGGUGGAGGAAAGAGCAGUCAAAGAAGAGGUGGAGGAGAGAGCUGUCAAAGAAGAAGAAGAAAGAGCAGUCAAAGAAGAAGAAGAAGAGAACAGGGACGUGUCUGCUCCAGAUCUAGAGGAAGAGGAAGAAGUAGAUAGUAUCACUGACCCAGGAGAGAGAUCCAACCCAGGUUCAGACAGUGAGCCCAGUUCCACAACAUCAGGAAACCAUAAACAACACAGACGGAGGACCUCAAGACAGAAACAUCACCACUGCAUGGACUGCUUCACUAGUUUCUAUGAUCCAGAGGAGUUGAGAAGGCACACUUGUAGACCCCACCCCUGCUCAGACUGCAGAGGCAGUUUUAUUUGUCCAACUCACCUCAAAUCAAAACCGACCAAAAAAAGAAAGACACACCCAUGUGGUCAAUGUGGAAAGAGUUUUCAGACCCCAAGCAAACUAAACAUACACCAGCGAACUCACACAGGGGAGAAACCUUUCCAUUGCUCUGUUUGUGGGAAGAGUUUUUCUCUUUCACAGAACUUAAAUAGACACCAAAUAACUCACACAGGAAAGAAGCCUUUCCUCUGCUCUCAGUGUGGGAAGAGUUUCAGUCAUUCAUCAACUCUGAAGACACACCAGCUAAUUCACACAGGAGAGAAGCAUCAUCACUGCUCUCAGUGUGGGAAGGGUUUCAGUCGGGCAGGAGACCUAACGAGACACCAGUUCACUCACACAGGAAAUAAACUUUUCCACUGCUCUCAGUGUGGGAAUGGUUUCAGUCGAGUAGCAGCCCUGAAGGUACACCAGCAAACUCACACCGGAGAGAAGCCUUACCACUGCUCUGUUUGCGGGAUGAGCUUUUCCCUUUUACAGACCCUAAAUAGACACCAGCUUACGCACACAAGAGAGAAGCCUAAUCACUGCUCUGAGUAUGGGAAAGGUUUCGGACACUCAUCAAAUCUAACGACAUAUCUGUUAAAGUGAGUUCUGCUGCUUUUGUUAUGGGAAUAGGACCCCCUCCCCCCCCCACCAAAUAGGUCAGGGGUUCUGGCAUUAAUGUCCACACAACUUGUCUCUGGUCAUCUGGAUCACUGCUCAGCGGUUACCUAACCUAUUGUUUUACCACUUCAACCCUGGGUAACAUCUUAUAAACCUUGAGUAUCAUGUAAUAAACACUGAAUGUUAAUAAAUGAUGGUAAUCAUGGAUAUAAUAGGUAGAUAUUUGUGGAGGUGAAGGAAGAAUGGGUGACAACCUUUUAACUUGGGUGUCAUGUUAUAAACACUGUAGCUAUAUUAUGAAAUAAAAAUGAUAGUGGCGAAAGUAGAGGAUUCAAAGUCGUGUUGGAGUUUGAGUAUUGUAUAUUGAAAUAAUGCUUGUGGGUCACGUUGACAUUAUGGGGUAUUGUGUGUAGAUUGAUGAGGAAAAUAAAUAAAUAGUUAAAUUCAUUUUAGAAUAAGGCUGUAACAAAAUGUGGAAAAAGUCCAGGGAUAUGAAUACUUUCUGAAUGCACUGUAAGGUGGUAUUUGGGCUUCAUUUUUCAAGAUUUUAUUUUUAAUCACAUGAUUUUUAUAAAAGUUAUGCAGUCGACCAUAAGCUGCACAAUGAAUGUGAUAUCUAGUUAAGUUAGCUAACUAAUGAUUUGCCUAUAAACAAUUUUUUGGGUGAA